AUGAAUACACCAGCCGUUCUUCUCGCGGGAUGCACAUCCUCCAAUGGUAUGAACAACAUCUAUCUAGUGUCCCUCAAAUACAGGAAUGGCAGUACUUCGACGCCCAGUGAUCCCGCAUUUAUAAAUCCGAGCAUUGCAGAAAAGGUCUACAACGUAUCUCAGCCCCACAAUACCACGAUUCUAGAAGUGCGGGCGGCGUACAUGGGCCUCUGCUUGACUCGGAGUGACGGCGCGCAAUUUUGUUCCAGCAGUGCUGCAGCGUUGGCCAGCAUGGUCAAGGAUCAGGGAAUAUCCGGCAGUAAUGACACUGCCGACCCGCUGAAUCUGAUUUGGAUUGCUAAGAACUUCAAAGAGACCAUUGUUUUUGACGGCUUGAUAUUCGUUGCAGUUGUGGCGACAUUCAUUUGUUUCCUCGCAUUAUCAACAUUCCCCGGGUGGCAUGAAGAAGUCGAUGAGGCCGGCUCAGAGCGCGAGGUCAAGCCCUUCCCUUCACGGCCAGUGUCGCAAGCUGCACUGGGUUUGGGUUCAUUGGCGUUCAUAUUCGCCUUGGUCUCGAUCCUCUGGCAGCAUAUCAAUAGCAGUGCUGCAGGGACCAUGGCGGAGAGCCUUACGUAUGGGGCCGUCGAGAGCCAUGUUGGGACUGCGGCAAUGAUUCUCGGGUGGGCUGCCGUGGUCUGCCUUGGGAUUGUUGUUCUGGCUUUGCUAAUUAUGCUCAUGAGUAUUAGUCUUCUCCGACGGUUGACGGAUGAGUGA